AGUGCUACCAAGGAAAUGAAUAAGCAACCAACCAACAGCCUGGAGGCAGCAGUGCCGGGCCACCGGGAUAGCCCACGUGCACCCGGGACCAGCCCUGAACAGGACCUGCCUGCCGCCGCCGCUGCUGCGGCUACCGCCGCGCCGCCACGUGUGCCUAGGUCCGCUUCCACCGGCGCCCAAACUUUCCAGUCCACGGAUGCCAGAGCCUGUGAGGCCCAGCAGCCCGGAGUAGGGUUUUGUAAACUCAAUAGCUGCCAGGCACAGGCGACCUCCGGGGCUCUCCGGGACCUAAGCGAAGGGCACAGCGCACAGGCCAACCCCCCUUCCGGGGCCGCUGGGGCCGGCAACGCGCUACACUGCAAGAUCCCAGCUCUGCGUGGCCCGGAGGAGGACGUGAACGUGAGUGUGGGCAAGGGCACGCUGGAGCACAACAAUACCCCAGCUGUGGGCUGGGUAAACAUGAGCCAGAGCACAGUGGUGUUGGGUACCGAUGGCAUCGCGUCGGUGAUUCCAGGCAGCGUGGCCACCACUGCCAUACCGGAGGACGAGCAAGGGGAUGAGAAUAAGGCCCGAGGGAACUGGUCCAGCAAACUGGACUUCAUCCUGUCCAUGGUGGGGUACGCAGUGGGGCUGGGCAAUGUUUGGAGGUUUCCCUACCUGGCCUUCCAGAACGGGGGAGGUGCUUUCCUCAUCCCUUACCUGAUGAUGCUAGCACUGGCUGGCUUGCCCAUCUUCUUCCUGGAGGUGUCACUGGGCCAGUUUGCCAGCCAAGGGCCCGUGUCUGUGUGGAAGGCUAUCCCAGCUCUACAGGGCUGCGGCAUCGCGAUGCUCAUCAUCUCGGUCCUCAUAGCCAUAUACUACAACGUGAUCAUCUGCUACACACUCUUCUACCUGUUUGCCUCCUUCGUGUCUGUGCUACCCUGGGGCUCCUGCAACAACCCGUGGAACACGCCAGAAUGCAAAGAUAAAACCAAGCUUUUGCUAGAUUCCUGUGUUAUCAGUGACCAUCCCAAAAUACAGAUCAAGAACUCAACUUUCUGCAUGACUGCCUAUCCGAACUUGACAAUGGUUAACUUCACCAGCCAGGCCAAUAAGACAUUCGUCAGCGGGAGCGAGGAGUACUUCAAGUACUUUGUGUUGAAGAUUUCUGCAGGGAUUGAAUAUCCGGGUGAAAUCAGGUGGCCCUUGGCCUUCUGCCUCUUUCUGGCUUGGGUGAUUGUGUACGCAUCGCUGGCGAAAGGAAUUAAGACGUCAGGAAAAGUGGUGUACUUCACAGCCACGUUCCCCUAUGUUGUGCUGGUCAUCCUCCUCAUCCGGGGGGUCACACUGCCUGGAGCUGGAGCUGGUAUCUGGUACUUCAUCACGCCGAAGUGGGAGAAACUCACGGAUGCCACGGUGUGGAAGGAUGCCGCCACUCAGAUUUUCUUCUCCCUGUCUGCUGCCUGGGGAGGGCUCAUCACUCUGUCUUCUUACAACAAAUUCCACAACAACUGCUACAGGGACACGCUGAUUGUAACCUGCACCAACAGUGCCACUAGCAUCUUUGCUGGGUUCGUCAUCUUCUCUGUCAUCGGCUUCAUGGCCAACGAACGCAAAGUCAACAUUGAGAAUGUGGCCGACCAAGGGCCAGGCAUUGCAUUUGUGGUUUACCCAGAAGCCUUAACCAGGCUGCCUCUCUCUCCAUUCUGGGCCAUCAUCUUUUUCCUGAUGCUUCUCACUCUUGGACUUGACACCAUGUUUGCCACCAUCGAGACCAUUGUGACCUCCAUUUCGGAUGAGUUCCCCAAGUACCUGCGCACACACAAGCCUGUGUUCACCCUGGGCUGCUGUAUCUGCUUCUUCAUUAUGGGCUUCCCGAUGAUCACACAGGGUGGGAUCUACAUGUUCCAGCUCGUGGAUACCUAUGCUGCCUCCUACGCCCUUGUCAUCAUUGCCAUAUUUGAGCUUGUUGGCAUCUCCUAUGUGUAUGGCUUGCAGAGGUUCUGUGAAGACAUUGAGAUGAUGAUUGGAUUCCAGCCCAACAUCUUCUGGAAAGUCUGCUGGGCAUUCGUCACCCCAACCAUUUUAACUUUUAUCCUGUGCUUCAGCUUCUACCAGUGGGAGCCCAUGACCUACGGCUCUUACCGCUACCCUAACUGGUCCAUGGUGCUCGGAUGGCUGAUGCUUGCCUGCUCCGUCAUCUGGAUCCCGAUUAUGUUUGUGAUAAAAAUGUAUCUGGCUCCUGGCAGAUUUAUCGAGAGGCUGAAGUUGGUUUGCUCGCCACAGCCAGACUGGGGCCCCUUCUUAGCUCAGCACCGCGGGGAGCGUUACAAGAAUAUGAUCGACCCCCUGGGAACCUCGUCCCUGGGACUCAAACUGCCCGUGAAGGAUUUGGAACUGGGCACCCAGUGCUAGUCCAGGAGUGUGGACGGUCCGGUGUUACUCCUGGUUGUCCUCUGCCUCCCUCACACUUUCCCCAGCUUUAUUCCCAGUUUUCUUCUUUCUCCCCGUCCCUCGCUUCACAGCCGUGCAUGAGAGUGUCCCAUAGAAAAGUAGGACAUAGUGUCUGUCGCAUGCUGUAGUGAGAGUCACAUGGACCACUGGAAGCGCGGUCUGCCUGGGUCUGUGCUAUCCGUGUCAGGGAGGAUUGCUCCCCCAUCAGGUGCUCCAUUCAUCCUGCAGGGGUGGGUAGACCAGGUGGGCGCUGGCAGGUGCGUGGUUUGGC